CGGUGAAUAGCUUCUCCCCGAGUUCUCUUCCCCCGUCCCCUCUACACGCGAAGCUUUCUGUUCGAUGGUGUGCUGCCCCCGGUGACCACAGCGCCGUCGUCGAGCUCUCAAAUCCUGCCACCCGAUCCGGACAGAAGAUCGACUUCUUGACGAUUCCUCCGCCAGCCCACGGUCAGUCAGCUCCACACCCCGGAAGAUCGACCUUUUUGUGGAAGAUAUGGAUGUGGAGAAGAAAGGAGGUAGAAACUACCUUACCUGGAUGGAUGAAAUGGAUGAAGCAAUGCUGAAUGUGUUCGUGGAGCAUUACAAUAGAGGGGAUCGUGCUCAAAAUGGGUGGAAGCCACAUGUUUACACUGCAGUUGUCAAGAAUGUUCGAGCCAAGUGCAAUGUCGAUAUCACAAAGGAGAAUGUCAUAUCAAGGUGCAAGACUAUUGAUAGACACUAUGUCAAUGUCAGCAAGAUGUUGUCAACGAGUGGUUUUGGGUGGGAUUGGAUCCAUAACAAGCUUAUGGUUGAUAGUGAGGACGUGUGGAGAAACUAUGUCAAGGCAAACAAAGAUGCAGCAUGCUACAGGCACAAGGUCAUAAAGUUUUGGGACUCUAUCAGCCUUGUCUUCUCGAAGGAUCAUGCCACCGAAACGGGAGCCAGAACUGCUGGUGAAAGUGCAGCGGAAAUGGCUGCAGAGAAUGUCAACAACAUCAACACUGAUUCUGCCGCAACAUCUUCAACCCAAACCGGCGAGGAACAGAAGAGGAAAAGAUAUCGAUCGGAUGACUCAAUUGCAUCUAUGCUUGGAGAGAAAUUGGAUAAUUUUACCAGUGCCUACAAAGCUGAUAUUGCUCAAGUUGCUCCUCCUGAGAAACCCUCCUGUCCUGAAGAAAUACUUGACGCUCUCAAUGCAAUUGUGGGACUAGAUGAUGAUGGCUUGCUAGCAGCUUAUGAUUUCCCCAUAGCAGAUGACCGCAAGUUCAAGGCUCUUAUGGCGCUGCCUGAAAGGAUGAAGAAGAAAUGGAUCCUCAAGCAAAUCAACCAAUGA